CGCUGCUUCCUCGCAACCCUGCGGAGCGUUGAGGAGCCGCUCAGCGGAGGGAGGCUGGAACGAGACCCCGGCAGCCACGAAGCAGCGGGGAGAAGGAGGCCCAGCAGCCGCGCCAGGACAGCGGAGGCCCGGAGCGGCUGGUCCUCUGGUUCGCCGAGUCGCUUCGAACGCGUCAUACCUCUCGGGCGUGACGUCACGGCGGCAGGGAGUGACGUGAUAAUACGAUACUGCCAAAAGUGGCUUUGAAAGUGAGGUACAAUGAAGAACCAAGAUGGUGAAAGCAAAACGUCUCUUCUACCCCCCAGCCCUUCCCAAAUAAGGGAUGCUCUGGGGCCAGAAGAUAGUGACUUAGCCGAGGCUCCUGGAGGGAUUGCAGGAAGUGGAGAUUGUCGCCACCAACUUGGCCUCUCCGGCUUGAAACACUUUGCUGAUGACAGGCUUGAAAUGCCAGUGAACGAGGAGCAGAGGAAGAAAGAAGAAGCACAUCUGGCAGAGGAGGCUCUGCCUUGCCAGCCAGUCCCUGAUGUUUCUGAAGAGCUGAGCAGACAGCUGGAGGAUAUUCUGAGCACUUAUUGCAGGGACUCCAACCAGGAAGGGCCUGGAGAGGACAAUGGCCAGAAUGAGUCUGUGGAGCUGGAUGAACCAGAGAAGUGCCGAAGUGACUCCCCCCGGAACGGGGACCAGGAACAGAGCUGCCCUGAGAUAAAUGGCGAGAAGGAGAGUCCCAGGGGAAUCGGUGAUGAGAGUGGAGAGCGUGACCACAAACGAGUCCAGGAGAAAAAGAAGCCCAGAGGGCUUGGCAAGGAGAUCACCCUUCUGAUGCAGACCCUCAACACCCUCAGUACAUCUGAGGAGAAGCUGGCAGCCCUCUGCAAGAAAUACGCGGAAUUGCUGGAGGAGCACCGAAACUCUCAGAAGCAGAUGAAAAUCCUGCAGAAGAAGCAGACUCAGUUGGUGCAAGAGAAGGACCAUCUCCGAAGUGAGCACAACAAGGCCGUUUUGGCUCGCACCAAACUGGAAAGCCUCUGCCGGGAGCUACAAAGACAUAACCGCACUCUCAAGGAGGAGGGGGUCCAGCGAGCUCGCGAGGAGGAAGAGAAGAGGAAGGAGGUAACUUCUCACUUCCAGGUGAUGCUCAAUGACAUCCAGCUGCAGAUGGAACAGCACAACGAACGCAACUCCAAACUGCGCCAGGAGAACAUGGAGCUGGCCGAAAGGCUGAAGAAGCUCAUAGAGCAAUAUGAACUGCGAGAGGAGCACAUCGACAAGGUCUUCAAACACAAGGACCUGCAGCAGCAGUUGGUGGACGCCAAACUCCAGCAGGCUCAGGAGAUGUUGAAAGAGGCGGAGGAGAGGCACCAACGGGAAAAGGACUUUCUGCUGAAAGAGGCUGUGGAGUCCCAGAGAAUGUGUGAGUUGAUGAAGCAACAGGAGGCGCAUCUUAAGCAGCAGCUGGCUCUUUACACAGAGAAGUUUGAAGAGUUUCAAAACACCCUUUCCAAAAGCAGCGAAGUGUUCACCACGUUCAAGCAAGAAAUGGAGAAGAUGACCAAGAAGAUCAAGAAGCUGGAGAAAGAAACAACGAUGUACAGAUCCCGGUGGGAAAGCAGCAACAAAGCCCUUCUAGAAAUGGCGGAAGAGAAAACCCUCCGGGACAAAGAACUGGAAGGGCUGCAAGUGAAAAUCCAGCGCCUUGAGAAGCUGUGCCGGGCCCUGCAAACCGAACGCAAUGACCUGAAUAAAAAGGUCCAGGAUCUGUGUGCCUUUGCGUCUCUGACCACAGGGGCGGAGGUCAAGGAUCAGCCCCACGGCAUCCCGGAGGAGCUGGCCCUGCAGGCCCCCCAGGCAGGAGAGGGCUUUGGUCUGGCCCAGGCAAUGGGCCACGCAGGGCCCCCUGAGCAGCCUGGGGCAGUGAGCACAGGCCUGGCUCCCAGGCAGCCAGCAGAGGAAGCUGCUAACUCUGCUCCGUAAAGGGGAAGGAAAUGCAGGCAGUUGCCACUUUCUCCAGGUGGAUCCGUUCCUCUUUCGAGGCCCCAGGCUCGGAUGAAAACUGUUUCGGGGCUUUCAGGUUAAAGCUUUUGACAAUACUGAAUGCUUUUUUGGCUUUUAAAAUAAUCUCUCUGUAUUAUCCAACACGAUGUACAGCAGCAACAUCCACCUUUUCUAUAUAGAUCUAUAAAUGAAAUUGACUCUGUUCUCCGCGUGGUGCUGUGUGAACAUCUAGGCGUGUGGCAAAUCCAGCCAUGUUCCUUUUAAAAGGUGGGAAGCUAAUUUUGACCUCCUCCCACUGCAACAUCUGGCUGUUGUAGCUCUCAGUGAGUGCCAUACUAAUGCAGAUGCAAAGCAAAAAUCCCAGUGGGACUUUGAGGGUUGAUUUUUUUCCCCCUGAAAUUUUCUCUCUUUUUUUUUUUUUAAUUACCAGAUCUGCCCUUUAAAGCCAGUGCUGGAGACUCAGGAGUUUGAUAAUGUGGUAGAUGAUUCUUUUUAGUCUGUAGUUUGCAGGGCGGGGUGGGUGGGGGUGG